CACACCUAUCGCUGAUUGGUAAUCAAAUCAGAAUGCGGAAGAGGUUUGCGAUAAAUAAUGUUGCUAAAAGGUUACUCCGGUUACUAUUCCAAACGAUACUUUUUGCGUUUAACCCUUGAAGUCUGUGUGUCUACAAAGUAAUUUAACUGCACAUGUGAUUUAAUGCGCAUCGACUUGUGUUUGUCGUAGAGCGAUGUUGUUUUUUCAGCGCAACUUCCCAAACACACGCUGGAUGUAGCCCAAGUGCAUCCAGUUGUUGGUUGCUUUACUCCCGAUAUACGAAAAAUAUAAACUAGUGUACAAACUUAACGUAACAUCACAUUGAUCAUAUUGCUAGUUAGCUCCAUUGUCUUCCGAAGUCAUGGGGAACGGAAUGAAUAAGGUUGUUGAUGGUCUGUAUCUUGGAAAUAUAAGAGACUCUGAAAACAAAGACAGUUUGUCCAAAAAUGGGAUUACACACAUCUUAUCGGUGUACAACAAUGCCAACCCAGUGCUGGAGGACAAGACAUACCUUUGUAUACAUGCAGCCGAUUCUUCCAGCCAAAACCUGUCGCAGCAUUUCAAGGAGUGCAUCCGCUUCAUUCACGAGAGCCGCUUGAAUGGGGGAGGUUGCCUGGUGCACUGCCUGGCGGGUGUGUCGCGCAGCACCACGGUGGUGGUGGCGUACCUGAUGAGUGUCACCAGCUACGGCUGGGAGGAGUGCCUCUCCGCCGUCAAGGCUGUGCGCUCCUUCGUCGGGCCCAACUUCGGCUUCCAGCAGCAGCUGCAGGAGUUCCAGAUGACCCGGGUGUCCGAGUAUCGCGCUUGGCUGCGGGAGAGCUACGGCGGGGGCCCGCUGAAGGACCAGGAGCAGGUGGCCGAGCUUCUCCGGCAGUACGAGGAGCAGCAGCAGAAGGAGCGGCAGAGGAACGGGGAUCAGCGAUGGGCGAACCAGGCCAGCGGCGUGUACCCCCUGCCCUACAACGCGUACGGCUCCGGCUCCGGCAGCAGCAGCUGACGCGGCCGGAACCGAGCCCUGCUCCGGGGGGCCAGGGCUCCACCGGCCUCUCGGCCCUGGACGUCGCAGAGAGCUCUGGCCCUGGUUAGAAGCGUUUAGGAGAGCGCCCUUUACACACUACCGAUUCACAGGCCCACGCCGAAAUAUAACCGCCUGUUAUGUUUGGGUGCUUCCCCCGCCCGGAUGAUUAUUUUAAGUGAAGAGGCAGUGGAAACCUUUUCUCAUUCAGGGACUGGUUAACGCCACCACCACCACACCCUAACGCCAUUUUUGAACAACGGAUACAAAGCCAGAACUUGCAUGCUGUGCCCUGGGAGUAACCAGUGGUGACGGUCACUUCCGCAAACGAAAUGGCCUUUUCCACCUUCAGUGGGCUCCAAAGAGUAUUUCUAUUAAAGCCAUACAAUGUCCUCAGAAUAAUCUGCAUAAUGAAUAUAUACUUAUACACUAUAGAGUGGGUGAGCCAGCCUGUGCUUUAUGAAUCAUAGCCAUAGCAGCAUACAGUAUAGGAAAUGAAUUGUCAAACGCAUAUUUUACAUGUAAUGUUUCACGAUCGUUGAAAAAAAAAAAAGAAUACAGCUGGUACAAAUUCUCAAAUGUAUUAAAUAUUGUAUGUAUGGGACAUGUUUUAACACACAUUUACAUUUGUUUGAAAAAUAAUGACUGCUAAUAAAUGCUUAGUAUAAAACA